CCACUGGUUCCUGUUCCUUUUCAGAGCGCCAUUCUCCUGUCUCUCUCCAGGUUUCUGGAAGAUUUGUAAAGAUGACUGACCUGGAAAAUGCCAUGGAAAAGUUAAUUAAUAUCUUCCACCAAUACUCUGUGAGGGUAGGGGAUUUUGACAAGCUUUCCUUAAGCGAGUUCAGUAAGUUGGUGAAGGAGCAAUUUCCCACCUGGGUUAAGAAACCUACAGAUCCAGAAUCUAUGAAAAUUGUUUUACAAAGUUUUGAUGAAAAUAAAGAUAGAGAGAUGGACUUCGAAGAGUUCAUGAAAAUGCUGGUCCCAAACAUUUUCAUGAGGGCAAUCAUCAUCACUGAGAAUCUGCCCAUCCAUCCCUGUCUUAUAUCACCAGAUGAGGUUCCUCUUCAAACCAGUCAAAACUUUAAAUGACUUGGGGGGCGGAGGGGUCAAGUCUGAAAAUAAAG